GCAAAAUAAAAUUUUACCGGUCUAUAAACAGGGUCCAGUAUUAUUUCCCACACGAACCAGUUAGUUAGUUAGUUAGUUAUAUUGAGAAACCAAAUCCCUCCCCAACACACAACUCAUCUCUCUCCCCCUCUCCUCCAUUUCCACCAUUACAAAGAGAGAACGAACGACGACGACGACAACAGCGACAAGGACGACGAAAAAGAGCAAAAAGAGAGAGACGACGACGAGGACGAAGAAGAGCAAAAAGAGGGAGAGAUGGUUCGGGUUAGUAACGGGUUGCUGGGGUUUCUAAACAUCCUAACGCUGGUGAUCUCGUUCCCGGUGGUCGGGUCGGGCGUGUGGUUCCAGAUCCAUGGGGCGUCGGCGUGCGAGCGGGCGCUGCAGUGGCCCGUGAUGGCGCUGGGGCUCUUCCUCCUCGCGGUGUCGUUAAUGGGCCUGCUGGGGUCGUGUUGCCGCGUCUCGUUCCUGUUGUGGGUCUACCUCUUCGUGCUGUUCAUCCUCAUCCUCGCCAUGUUUUGCUUCGCGGUGUUCGCGUUCGUGGUGACCAACCACGGGGCCGGGGAGGCGGUGUCGGGGAAGGGGUACAAGGAGUACCGGCUCGGGGAUUACUCCCACUGGCUGCAGCGGAGGGUUGCGGAUUGGAACACGUGGAAGCAGAUCGAGAGCUGCAUCGGCGACGCCAAGCUCUGCGGAGGGCUCGACGGCGAGGUCGGGUCCAAGGCCAACGAGUUCUACAAGCAGAAUCUCUCGCCCAUUCAGUCCGGUUGUUGCAAGCCUCCUACGUACUGUGGAUUUGUAUACAAGAAUGCUACCUUCUGGGUGGCGCCGAAAUCCGGUCUCAACACGCGCGACGCCGACUGCAAGGCGUGGAGCAACGACCAAGAUAAGUUGUGCUACGGCUGCAACUCCUGCAAGGCCGGCGUGCUCGCGACGAUCAAGAACAAGUGGAAGGUGGUGUCGAUAUUCAACGUCGCGCUCCUCGUCCUCCUCAUCAUCGUCUACUCGAUAGGGUGCUGCGCCAUCCGGAAUAACCGGGCCGAUAGCCACUACAAGCGUUACUACGGUUAUCGCUGAGCUCGAUUUUUUCUUUUUCCCUUUUUUUUUCUUCUCUCACUUCCGCUCUUCGGUUGGAUCAAAAAGAUGUAAAAUAUAGAUUAUAUUUCGGUAUUCAUGAUUUGAUAAUUUGAAUUUUUA